GUUGAAAUCAAGGCGGAGGCUUUCAACCGAGAAACGACUUGUUUUCUUCUGUAACUUGUUGACGCUGAAACACAAGAGAAUCGGGAUGCGGAUAGCUUAUUGAGUUGAUGGUAGUGUGUUGGUUGAAGUUUGUCAUGCUAAAAUUAAGCUGUUGGUUACUUUCUUCAUCUUUGUUUCUACAAAUAAAAGGUCUUAGGUUGGCCCAAGUAGUGAAGGGAGGAUGAAGUUCGAUUUCCUCCAUUGUAACGAAAAAAGGAUGGGCAUAUAAAAUGAGUCUACAUUUUAAGAGGGGGUAUGAGUACUGAAUGUGGAUCGGUUUGUUGAGAGGUCCAUGAAGCUUUUUUAAGAUGAUCUGGUGCGGUGUUCAUGGCCUCAGCAUUAUGAUUAUGCCAAAUUACUUAGUGCAUUAUGUGCAGCUCAAUUUGCUAAAGCAGAUGUAUUGUAAAAUGGAAAAACUCUAAAUAGUGACUUAUAUAUUUGGCAGAAAAUUACAUGGCUUUAUUUAUUUCAUACUGAAUGUGAACAAAACAGAGCAGCAUACAAGAAUCUGAGAAACUACAACUCAAUUGGGAUCAUAACCUCAUUGGUCCUGAAUUGAGGCAAAGUCCAAGGAGGGUUAUAUCUUGCCAUCAAAAACUCCCUCUGCUUCAGCUUCUCCACCUUCUCUGUAGCCACACCCCUCACCACCCCAUAUUUCCUCUCACCGUCUUCCCUAAUAACUGUUGGCGAGUCCUUAUUUAGUCAGGAUUUUGGUUACGUAUCGUUGGCUAUUCCUUAUUUAGCCAGGAUUUGGAUUUUGGUUACUUACCGUUGGCUAUUCCUUAUUUAGCCAGCAUUUUGGUUACUUACCGUUUAUACAGUCUUACUUAUCAGUUUAUAUUGUCCUAUUGUAAUUGACAUUUAUUUCCUAUUUUAUAUAUUUUAAGGUUAACACAUCUUUAUAAAUACCUCCAUAUUAGAGAAGUUAGGAGCCUCCUCUUCCUUCCAUGCUCAUCAGCAACCUCCCUCCUCCUCAGUCCCUCCCUCUGUAAAAUUUUGUCGGUUCGUCAUAUAUUGGACUCAAACGUACACGUGGAGUAUUCUCAACCGUCAGAUCAAAAGUUACCAAAGGAUUCUGACCCGGCUCGGUUUAGUGCUUAAACCCUUGUUUUGCGAUACCUUUCCUUUGUCUCUAAGUAAACAAGGCGGAGGCUUUCAACCGAGAAACGACUGGUUUUCUUCUGUAACUUGUAAUCGCUGGAACUAAGAUGUUCCCUCUUCUCUCCUUUUUCACGGGGUUUGUGACUUUGAUCCAAGGCUUUUUGCUACUUGCAAAUGCAUUUGCAGUACUGAAUGAGGAUCGCUUUCUUGAUCCGAGGGGGUGGACCUUGCUACAAAUUCAAGGAGGAAGAACCACGCUUAAGGGAAAGAUCAUAGGGCUUAUACAUUUAUGCCAAUUCUUGAGAUUACCUCUCAUAAUUUUAAACAUCGUAGUUAUUGUAUUUAAGCUAAUCUUUGGGUGAAGCUCUGUGUGAAUUAUGCCUCUUUGUAAUUUAUAAUUGUUAUGAAUUUUGGGCAAGUUAACAUAGUUUUGAUCCAUGGCUCUACGUACAGUUACUUGGUUGAAUUUCAGUUUCAAAGUUUUCCCCUUUUCUCCUCUCCUCUGUUUUUUUUGUUUGCAAGAAACACACAAUAGCUUACUGAGUCGAUGGUAGUGUCGGUUGAAGUUUGUCAUGCUAAAAUUAAGCUAUUGGUGAGUCCAGCUUUAGGGUUUAUCCAUCUUUUUCGUGUUUUGCCCCAGCAAGGAUUUAAUGGCUUUACUUAAGAGACUGCCUUCAAGCUAUAUACGUGCGGUAUAAAGUUCGAUUCCCACCAGUGUAAUGAAGAAAUGAUGGGAGAUCGGUUGGUGGUUGAGAGGUACAUAAAGCUUUUGUAGGAUUAUCUUGUGCGGUGUUCAUGGUCUCAGCAGAUGUAAUGUAAAAUGGAAAAACUCUAAAUAGUGAUUUAUAUAUAAUCGACAGAAAAUUACAUGUUUUCAUUUAUUUAAUACUGAAUGUGAAAAAAAAA